UUGAACAUAUGAAAUAUAAAGUAUAUAUUUACUUUGUCCGUUAAAGUCUUUCCCAUUAAUUUGAAUUUUAGGAAAAUUAAGGAAGGGAAAUUUUUGUGUUGACAUUUCAAAAGUACCCUUGAUAUGAUGGUUAAAAGUAGGAUGUGAUAUGUAGAUUUUAAGUAAAAAGAUAUGAUAGACGAUAGCGAAGAAAAGCAGAGGUUAGAGAAUCUGAGAUCGAGUGCAAUUCUUGAGUCAAUGGACUCUGCAGUAGUGGAUAGAAUCAUAGAGAAGCUAACGGAAGUCCGAUCUUCUAAGCCCGGAAAGCUGGUUCAACUCACUGAGUCAGAAAUCAAGCAGCUCUGUGCCGCCUCCCGAGACAUAUUCAUCAAACAGCCCAAUCUUCUUGAACUCGAAGCACCCAUCAAAAUCUGCGGUAACCCUUUUAUCCAUUAACAGAUUUUGAGCUUUUUUUUUGUUGUUGUUUAGAUCUUCUGUUAUUACUCCUCUUUUGCUAGCGUUCUUUGGUUGACCUGCUUUUGGUUUUUUGUUGUUGUAAUUAUUAGUAUUUUCUUCAUGGAGUUUUUGAGGUAAAAUGUUCUUUUUCGAGAUUUUAAUGUGAAUUGUACCACCUAGGUCUAGGUUUCAUUUCCUAUGUACUGAAAAAGCUAUGUUGAUGAUUUCUGUAAGUAGACCUGCGCCUGAUGUCUAAUGAAAGUAAUAUGCUUUG